AUGCAGCAUGCCAAGCACUCCGUCAACGUCAUCCUCGGCUCCAUGGCGACGCUGAUCACGGCCGCAGCCGCUGCCGGGGUGGGUGGCACGAUCGCCCUCAACUCCAAGCCACGAAUGCUGGCUGAGAGGCGGGAGGAGAGGAGAGGCGGAGGACAUGUUAAGUUCCCAGAGCUACUGUAUGGAGUGGAUGUCAGCGACAGCCGGCUGCUCAACAGACCCAGGUUCCAAGCAGCUGCAGAGCUUGCGGCAGAAGCCCAUGCCGGACAGGUGCGCAAGACUCGAGAACCCUACAUCACCCACUGCAUCGAGACGGCCCGCAUCAUGGAGGCAUUGCUCUGCCCCUCCGAGCCAGAUGCCAGAGCUGAGGAUGGUGUGGCGGCAGCGGUGCUCCAUGACGUCAUCGAUGACACAUCUAUGACCCUGAGCGAUAUUCAGGGGGUCGCGGGGCCGAAAGUCGCCUCCAUUGUCAGCAUGGCCAAGGCCGCCAGCUACGAGGAGAGCGCGGCGCUCCGGCGAAUGAUCUUGACCAUGGUGGCAGAGCCCCUGGUCAUCCUGGUCAAGCUGUCCGACCGGCUGCACAACAUGCGCACCGUGUACGCCCUGUCGCCCGACAAGCAGCGCGCCGUCGCUCAGGAAACGCUGCGAGUCUGGUGCACCCUGGCCGAGCGUUUGGGCCUGUUUGCCAUCAAGGGCGAGCUGGAGGACCUCUGCUUUGCUGUGCUCCAGCCCCUGGACUUUUCAGCGGUCCAGGAAAGCCUGGGGGCUGCCUGGGCCCCGCUGGAUGCCCGCCGCGACGCCUUGAGCCCCGACCAGACCAUGUCCCGGAUCGAGAGCGUGCUGCCAUUCGAUGCCUCCACGCUCAACAUGAGCUGCUUGCAGCAGAGGCCAGGGGUGGGCCACGCUCUGGAGGUCCUGCAGGCCUGUGCCCGGCAGGUCCUGCAGGAGAUGGAGACCGAGGGCACAGCCCUGGGCCUGGAGGUGGUCGUGGAGGGCCGAGUGAAGAGCCUGUACUCUACUUACAAGAAGAUGGUGCGGAAGGGGGUCCCCCUCGAGCAGGUACUGGACGCCCGGGCACUGCGCCUCAUCGUGGACGACAUGGAGGGCAGGUGGGGCAGCUUUGGAGGUCAGCAGGGCGGAGCGGCUGCUCCGUCGGGGUACCAGUCCCUCCACACGGCGGUGCGGGGUCCGGAGGGCGUGGCCAUGGAGGUCCAGAUCCGGACGUCCACCAUGCACAGCCAGGCGGAGUACGGUUCCACCGCCGCGCACUGGGUGUACAAGGAGAGCCCGUCUGCUGCGCUGAGCGCAUUUUCCUGCGGCCCCUCCCCCGCCUCGCUGCGGCCGGGCCACCCCGUGCUCCAGAUCGGCGGCGACGGCACGCUGCGUGACGCGGUGGUGACGGCCGUGGAGGAACCGGGCGGGAUGCGGCUGCUGGUGGCGGUGUCCAUCACCCGCCGCGCAUUCAAGACCGACAGCGUCGUGGUCGCCAGCACGCAGGAAUACAGCCGGCUACUACGGCGAGUCGAGCGCCGCGGUUUCUUCGCCCCGGGCCACGGCGACCUCCAGAUCAAGCUGGAACGCUACUCACUGUGCUCAGACGGCAAGUACCACUGCCUGGACCGCUACGGGCACAAGCUCUCCAGCACGAUUGUUCCCCUACACUGGAAGGGGCCGCUGCCGGGGACAGCCUACCUCCCUCCUGCUGAGGUGGGCGAGGCCUCGAGCAAUCCUGGCGAGACGACAUCCGGACCAGAGGCGAUUCCCUCCAAGCCCGUGCUGGUGGAGGGUGGGGAGGCGGCGGACACCGCCUUUGUUGCCAGCAGGGUGCACCUGCUGCGCUGCAUGUUGGAGUGGGGCGGGGACCUAUCCCGGCCCCCGGGGUCAAUAGACGUGGCACCCGCCCCGGUCCAGCCGGUGGUGAACCCCAUGGUCGUCAUCGUGGUCUGGCCUGGGGGGGACAUCCUGCACCGUCCCCGGGGAACCACAGCAGGGGAGCUGGUCGAGGAGCUGGGGAUGGUGGAGGUGGAGUCUUCGCGCGGAGCGCAGGAGCAGGGCUCGCCUGCGCCCCCGGGCUUCGUCAAUGUUAACAACCGGCUGAUACCCGAGGAUACCCCCCUGGCCGACGGUGACUACGUGGUGCUGGCCAGACAGCCCGUCUACAGCGAGAGUUGCCGGACCGGUGCGGUGUCCGAGGCCUUCCUGUGGGAGGGCCGGCUGGCGCCCCUGCUGACCUACCUACCGCCUCACGAGGCGAGUCUUGUGGUGAGGGUGCGAGAGGCCUUGAGCCUUGCCUACGACGCCCACGCCGGCCAGAAGCGGCGGUCGGGGGAGCCCUACAUCACCCACCCGGUGGAGGUCGCUCGCAUACUGGCCGAGCUGAGGAUGGACCAUGAGAGCCUGGUGGCGGGCCUGCUGCACGAUACGGUGGAGGACUGUGGGGACGUUGUGGGGCUGGACGAGAUCGGGUUUCACUUCGGCCCGGGGGACAUGCGCUUCCUCUUCCUGGCCAUGACGGAGGAGGUGCGCAUCAUCAUCGUGAAGCUGGCCGACCGCCUGCACAACAUGCGCACCAUGCGGAGCAUGCCCGGGCCCAAGCAGACGCGCAUCGCGCGCGAGACGCUGCAGGUGUUUGCCCCGCUGGCCCGCCUGCUGGGCCUGUAUGCGGUGAAGGAGGAGCUGGAAGACCUGGCCUUCCGCUACGCCUGGCCGGAGCGCCACCUCUUCACCCAGCGCCUGGUGGCGCGGCUGUGGCGCGAGCAGGCCGCCACGCUGGAGGCCGCGCGCGACGAGCUGGCCUCCGCGCUGGCCGCCGACCCGCUGAUCCGCGGCGCAGGGCUGGGCGUGGACGCGCGCGCGCGCUGCCGCUCGCUCUACUCCAUCUGGCGUAAGAUGGAGGCGGAGGAGCAGAGCGUGCACGGCGUGAACGACGUCUGCCAGCUGGUCGUGGUGCUGAGCCCUGGCCCGGGUCGCGAGGAUGCAGACAGAGGUACCAGCGACAGCCUGAUGUGCUACCAUACCCUGGGCCUGGUGCACAGCAUGUGGAUCCCCAUCCCCGGCACGUUUCGUGACUACAUAGCGCAGCCCAAGAUGAACAACUACCGGGCCCUGCACACCAAAGUCAUGCCCCGGCACGCCAGGACGGGCGGAGAGAAGAUCGACGAAGCGGGGGAGGGCCCCUCCCCACGCCUGUUCUCCAUCGAUGUGCAGAUCCGGACGGCUGCCAUGCAGCACCUGGCAGAGUACGGCGUGGCUGUGGACUGCUGGCAGGGUGCGGAGGUGGCGCAGGCCCCGCCCAGCGCGGAGCCCGCACAGCCCGUCGCCGACCUGGCAAGCCGGCUCUGGCCGCUGUGGGGCUGGCUGGGCUGGGCUGGCGCUCCCGCCGGCGAGCGCCAGGGGGCGGCUGGCGGUGCUUCGGGCAACGGCAGCCGAGCUGGGAGCGGAGUCCCGGCGACAAACGGCAGCCAAGCCACGAACGGCAGUCCACCAACGAAUGGCAGCCGACUGUCGGUCAGCGGCGCUGCAAAUGGCAGGCAGGCUACGACGGCGGCGCGUGUCGCCCCCUGGAACGGCUCUUCGGGAUCCGACGCAGGGGCCCUCGCCUGGGGCGGCGGCUCCGAGGCCGAAGGCGGCGGCCUCAUGCUGCAGGCUCGGCUGGAUGCGGGGGCCAUGUCGCGCCGCAUCAACUGGCUCAACUCCAUACGCCAGUGGCAGGAGGAGUUCCUGGGCACCCUGACAGCCAUGGAGUUUGUGCAGUGUGUGACCGAUGAUCUGCUGGGGCGUGGCGUCUUUGUCUUCACGCCUUCGGGCCAGAUCAAGCGCAUGCCCCGGGGCUCCACUGUGGUUGACUUUGCGUACCACAUCCACACGGACGUGGGAAACGCCAUGCUGGCUGCCAAGGUCAACGGCAAGCUGGUGUCCAAUGACCACCGCCUGGGGAAUGCAGAGGUGGUAGAGAUCAUCACCUCCAAGGGCCCGGUCAGUGCACAGCUCCUCCGGCGACACCAGGCCUGGUUGAGCACUGCCCAGACCAAGACGGCCCGGCACAAGAUCGCGCGCUUCCUGAGGGAGCACGCCAUGCCGACAGUGUUCCAGGGCCUGACGCCGCCAUGUGAGGAGGGGGGAGGAAGGUGCGGGUUCCAGGAACAUUGCGCCGACCGCCCGGGCCUGCUGGCGGAGGUGGCGGGCGUCAUCGCCAAGCACGACUACAAUGUCCAGAAGCACAAGGGCACAUCCAGCGCAGCGUCCUCCCAGUUUGGGAUGGAGUACGAGCUGCAGGGCUCCCAGGAGCGGCUGAGCCAGCUCUGCAGCGACCUGGAUGCGCUGCGCGGCGUGAAGAGCUGGGCGGUGGGGUGCAACUGCCCUGACCCAUGA